CAGUCUACGUAAAGCUGUCUAAGGGGAAGGACCGCUCUGCGACCACAACAAAACCAGAGGGCCUAUGACUCCUCAGAAUUGACUGGUUGGGUCAGUGAAUUGAACCGCAAUCCUACAUGGAUGAACUGGAAGAUGCAGUAGACAUUCACCAAGAGAGACUAAUGGUCCCCUACUCGUAAAGAUAUUAUUAGCCUUAGAAGCGUCAUGGGAGGUACUGCCUACACACACCAUGACUGUACCUCCUCCUACUUUGGUGAUUGACUAACCUUUGAGACUUUAGAUUAUUACCUAAGCACUUUUUGGAGCCCCCAUAAACUGUACAUGUCCAUGCAGGUGAAGACUUGGAAACAUCAUGCCAAAACUCUUAGCGUCAGAAGCAUCAGUUGUUCCUGAGGCAAGUCUCCAGAACCGGAUGACGCAGUUCUUCGGCAAGCUUGCUCGAGGCUUCGGCUGGGGCCCCCAGCCGACCAAAGUAAACAAUGUCAACUGGAGCGAUUAUGCAAACAGGGCCUUCACAUUCCUGGAAGGCCCUUUCAUAAUCGUUCCCCUGGCCGAGGACAGCGUGGGUGAGGAGUUUGCCUACGAACUCCUGAUUCACAAAGAAAUCAACAAUGCAAGGAAUGCAUACAGUUUGUUGCGGACGUGCAAAGAGGAGGAGGCCAGAGCUGCAUACGAAGCCUACAGCAAAAUUCUAAUUCCCCUGGUGGACUCUUGUGGCAAAGAGGUUCUCUGUCAUAAUGUUCUCCAGAAGGUGUUGGAUUUCCUACGGGAACAUCCGACGUGGCAUGUUGCUCACAUUGUUGCACAGUUUGGAUUCGUGGAAGCUUUGAAAAAUGAAGUGGUUCUAGCGGAGCUCAACAGCCCUGAGGAAGGAGAAGGUUUGUACCCCCUGCAUGUCGCCACAGAAAACGAAAAUGAUAAGACCAUUAGUGCCAUCAUAGCAGCUGGUGCCCAGGUGGACAUGGUCGACAAAGAAGGAAAUACGGCAGUUCAUAUUGCAGCUUCUAAGUCAGUUGCUGUCAUUCAGGCCUUGAAAGUCAAGCACAAUCCAGUGCUGAACAAGAAGAACGCAGCGAACAAAACUCCGUUGAUGGUAGCCGCACAACACAGCAAGAUGGAGAACAUAAAGCAGCUGAUACAGCUAGGUGCCAACCUCAACCAUGAAGAGGAGUUACCGGAUCCUUCAAACUCACUCUAUUGGGAGAAGAUCGAGAAACUAGUCUUAGCCAAGGAAAUUAGCUCUAAGGAUUUGCACAAAGGUGGGAGCCUGCUUCACUGGGUAAAGAGUCGUGAACUUAUGGACCUCUGCCUUGAUGCUGGUUGCAACCCAGACUUGAGAAAUGAUAAGCAACAGACUCCACUUCAUGUUAUGGUUAAUCGCAACAGGUUCCAGUGUCUUAUGACGCUGUUGUGUAGAGGAGCCAAGGCUAAUUGUGCCGAUUUGGAAGGCACCACACCUCUUCAUCUAGCUGCGGCUCAGUGUUCGGCAACUUUAGUACAGGCCUUUAUUGUUUUCGGAGGGGAGAUAAACGCGGUCAACAAACGAGGAGAAACUGCGAGACAUUUAGCCGCGUCUUGCAAAAUCGAAGACAAGAACAAGAGUUCCGAAAGAGACAAGGUUAUCUAUCUGCUUCACACAGUUGGAGCUACCAGAUGCCAAACAAAGUUAGCUGCCUGUGCCGACGGGUGUUUAGAUGAAGGGAAUUUCAACGGUGUUCCUCUGUACGAAAAGCCACUCCACAGGUCCCGUUGGAUUAUGGACGAACAGCUCUCUAAACGGCAGAUCUCUGACGCGAUCCGGUGGCAGGUGCAGAACAGGAACGGCAACCAGCGAACAGGUCGUGUCCUGUGUCUCGACGGAGGAGGAAUCAAAGGGCUGGUGAUGACGCAGAUGUUGUUCGUCAUACAGGAAAUAUUGGGUCGUCCCAUACACGAGUGCUUUGAUUGGAUUUCGGGCACGAGCACUGGAGGAUUCCUGGCCCUGAUGUUGUGUUCAGGGAAGUCCGUACAAGACGUGCAGUCGCUCUACUACAACCUGAAGGAGAAGGUUUUCGUCGGCGUCCGUCCAUACGAAGCAGGUCCGUUAGAGGACAUCCUGAUCAAGGAGUUCGGAGAGGAAACGGUCAUGAGUAGCAUUAAGUCGCCUCGCGUCAUGGUAAUGUCCACAUUGGCUGAUCGGCUCCCUCCGGACUUACAUUUGUUCCGGAAUUACGAGUCUCCGAUGAGUGUCUUAGGCAUCGAAGAGGAAAAUGUCUUCAUGAGCACACAGCCUCCGGAUAAUCAGAAAGUGUGGCUGGCAGCUCGUUGUUCAGGAGCUGCGCCAACUUACUUUCGACCUUACUGUGAUAUGCACCUAAAUACUUCACCAGACUACUACACAGGACCUCGUCCUGUUUCACCAGGACACACCACCAUACCUCAUAGGAGGUAUGGUUCCUACCAUUCUCAUUUUUGUUUGAACUGUAUAGCUUGAACAUAACUACUUAAGGCGCUCGUCAUUCUGUAUUUUUUGUGGGAAAUGACGUGUCCCGAGCUCCGACCGAAACUGACUCAGUUGCAUGGCAUGUUUAUUUUACGGUAAUACUACAUGAAGUCUAUUGCAAUGUCACUUUGAUGUUCUUAUUCAUUUAUUGCUUUCAAACUAUUCAUGUUUGAGACUCUGAUAUGAGAGUAUUACGUCGUAAAGAGGUCAAAUGAGUCCCAGUUCGGUCUAAGGAAUAUUUAGUUACUCAAGAGCAUAUCUAGACAUGCUGCAAUUUCUGUACUCAAAUUGCUGGUAGGUAGAACUGAAUGAUACAAAACCUGAAGUAAUGUAAGCCAAAGGGAAUGAAUGUCCAUUCAGCAUGAGAACAGAAAUUUGCUUGGAGAUAAAGGCAUGUCUUGACUGUACUACUCAGAUAUAAUCCAGCAUGUAAGAUGAAGCAAGAUUGAAACGAUAAACUGAAAAGCAUAUGAUCUUUUGCUUGUUGAACAGUAGGACGAGCGAGGAUUCGUUGAUGAAGAGACAGAAAAUGAUAGAGGAGAGAAUAGGUCUCCGAGAGGUAGUAAUGCCAGGAAUUAGGAACAGAGGAGUUGUUGUGCUGACCUAGACUUUAUCUCACUUACCAGACUCAUGGGUCUUUGAUUGCUACUGUACAAG